ACGGUUACGGCUCCUACGAGGCCGGGCCCGGUGCCGGGGGGGCCGCGCUGUACCCGGAGGGGUCUCUGGAGGCCGAGGGCGCCCCCGGGGCCGCCGAGUUCCUGCCCUCGGGGGCGCAGCGGGCGCUGUUCCUGCGCAUCCGCCACAAGCAGCGGCCGAGGGCGGCCGGCGCCCCGGCCUGCGAGGGAAGUGAGCCGGGCAGUUGGUACUCCAGCGACGAAGACGACGGCGCCAGCAGCGUCAGCUCCAUCCUCAAAUCGCUGCGGCAGCAAAGCUGCGCCCGGAGCGCGGGGAACCCCCCGGGGAACCCCCAGGGGAACCCCCGAACCCCCAAGGGAACCCCCAGCGACCCCCGGCUGGCGCGGCCGCGCCUGCGGGACCCGCCUGGCGCGGAGCUCCGAGCCCGGUUCUGGUUCCGCCUCCGAGCCGCCCUCGGACCCGCGGCUGGCCCGGCACGGCGCCAAAGCCGAGCCCGUCCCCAAAGCAUCGCCCGGCGGCGGGCGCUGAGGAUGAUGAUGGCGGCGGAUGCUGCGGGACAAAGCCGUGCCCAUCCCGCUGGAGGCGGCUCCGGGGCAGGCGCCAGCGGCCGCGCUUCGCAGCUCCGGCGCUUCUCGCACAUCCGCAGCGACGUGCGGCUGCUGCGGCCGCCCUGGGCGCGCUCCGUGCUCUGGAGCCCCGAGGAUCUCAUGCCGCUGCCCGUGCCCAAGCAGGACCUUCCUCCUCCUCCUGCUCCUGCUGCUGCUGCUCCUCAUCCUCCUCAGUGUCCCGCUUCUGACCCUCGGCUGCUCCGGCCGCCCUCGGACCCGCGGCAGGCGCGGGGUGGGGGGGCUCCCACCGAGCCUUCCUCAUCAUCAUCAUCAUCCUCAUCAUCAUCAUCCUCCCUGCCCGACUUCGAGCUGCUCUCGAGGAUCCUCCAAAGCGUCACGGCCUCGGGAGGGGACAAACCCAGCGAUCCCCGCGUGAGGAAGGCUCAUCCUCCUCAUCCUCCUCCUCCUGCUGCUGCUGCUGCUGCUCCUCCCGCCGACCCCCGGCUGCAGAAAUCUCUGGAAUGCGGCAAUUCCCGCCAGGAUCCCAUCGCUCCCUACGACCCCCGGCUGAGCUGGGGCAGCUCGGCGCAGAGCAGCUCCUCGGUGCUCAGCGCCAUCAGCCUCUACGACCCCCGGACUCCUCCCAGCUCUGCCAAAGAGCCCCAAACCGAGGCCAAUUCAACCCAAAAACCCCCGGCGGCAGCAGCAGGAGGAGGAGGAAGGGCGAAGGAGGCGCCGCCGUUCGUUCGGCGCUCGGCGCUGGAGCAGCCGCCGCACGAGGAGCGGCCGGAGCCCGGCACGGACAGGUACAACAGCUACAACCGCCCCCGCGCCAAAACGGCCUCGCCGGGCGAGGGGGGCAGCGGCCAGCCCGCCCUGCACAACCUGCCCGUGCCCCCCGUGCCCCCCGUGAGCGCCCUGGCCAAGGCCGGCGCCCGCCCGGGCACCGGGAGCCCCUUCCCGGGGGGCAGCCCCGAGCCCCCCGAGGCCGGCGGGGACCAGGGCUCCCUCAAGGACGUGUUCAAGGGCUUCGACCCCACGGCCUCGCCCUUCUGCCAGUGA